GUUUUUUUUUAACCUUGUGGUAUAAAAAUUCCUAUAUUAAUCUUACUUUCUGAAAAAAAAAAUAUACGGCAAAUUUUGAAGCUUAGUGUAAUGAGAAAGGCUCUUUUCUGCAUGGUCAUAUUUGAAAAUAGAAGCUUCAGAUAUUAAAAUUAGUAUGUGGGGUCUAUUGAGUCUCGAGAUUGUUAUGAACCUCAUGUGCUUCGCAUCUUUCAAGAAUGAAAGCUUACACUCCACAUGCAAUCCUGGCAUUUACGAUCUUCAAGUUUCGCCAAACAAAACCUUCUCUAUGUCUGACAUUUGCAUGACAACUGGAUGCCCCCAAACAGAUGCUGACAUCUUAGUGGAUUUGCGUCGGCUAGAUAAUUUCCUUAAAAAUGCUUCGGACUGCACUCUGUGUCUAACACCCGAAUGUUUUCAAACAGCUGCCCAGAUCUCAUCCAAUUUAGAUGAAUCUGUGGAUCCUUGCGAUGAUUUCUACCAAUUCGCAUGCGGGGGGUGGGAGGAAAGACAUACCGUUCCGACGGGCAAAGAUGACGUUUCCGUCUUUUCAGAAAUUGAGGAUGAUGUACCACACCAGCUCAAAGAUCUCUUAGAGCGGAAUUUGCCAGCCAACGCAAAGCGUUAUAUUCGAAUGACAAAAGAAAUGUAUGACUCCUGCAUGGAUCUCCAAAGCAUCGAACAGGUGGAUAGCGAACCACUGAAGAAGGUUUUGAAGGAAUUUGGAGGUUGGCCGACUGUGGAAGAAAACGUCGACCAGACAGAUCGCGAACCACUAACGGACGGUUUGAAGGAUCUUAGGCUAGCUGUAGAAGAAAGCAGCGAGCGGGCAGAUCGCGAAUUACGCAGGGGGGGUUUGAAAGAUUUUAAAGAUAAGCUGGCUGAGAUUGGAAGCACCGAUCAACCGGAUCGCGAAUUACGCAGGGGGGGUUUGAAAGAUUUUAAAGAUAAGCUGGCUGAGAUUGGAAGCACCGAUCAACCGGAUCGCGAACCACCAAGGAAGGGUUGGAAAGAUUUUAAAGGUUUGCUGCCUACACGAAAAAAGAGCUGGGAUCCGACUUCUUUUGAUUGGAUGGAUACUCUCAUCAAAAUGCGCAAGAAGGGCUUCAAUCAUAAUAUCUUUAUGAGUUUGUCUGUGACCAAAGACGGUGAAUCUCAUUACCUAGAGUUGGAUCAACCGUCAUUAGGAAUAGCUCGUGAACAUCUGAUAAGUGGAUUAUUAGAUGACGUGAAAUAUGCUUACUUCCAACUGAUGCUAAAAGCUGCUUAUAUAUUGAUAUACGAUGAUGAGAAAUUAGAAAAUUAUAUUCUCGGACAAUCUUCUCUUUUGAGUAAAGAACUAAGAGAAGUUCUCGAUUUUGAAACAUACCUUGCUAAAAUUUCAACAGGCAGACAAAAGGGACAACAACCCCCAAAGUUACGUUUUACCGUAAAGGAGCUUCAGAAGGAAGUACCAGAGGUUAAGUUAUUGUUUUAUAAAACCUUUUAUUCAUAAUUUACUAACUUUAAAACUAACCGUAAAUUAAAAAAAAUAAGUCUCAUUCGUAUAAGUUAUAAAGUAUAUUAUAAAGUUAUACACAACAUAAUAUAUGGCACAUUAAAAAAGGGUUUUCAGUUCGCGAAUAUAAAUGUGUACUUAAAACCAAUAAAACUUCAUCAGAUAAUCGCAUUUAAUCCCUUGUUAUAUAUAAUGCAACAAGUAAUUAGUUUUCGAAGCGUAGACAUCAAAUGAAUACAAAAAUCCACGAGUCAUACGAUGAAAUAAUAUGAAUAUAAUUCGUUUGAUUAUGUUGCUGCAGCAAAUAUAUUCUUUUGCUUCCAAGUUUUAUAACAUAAUUGAAUGCGGCGUAGGAAAUGUAGUAAAGUUUUUCAUGAUAAAUACUUCCUAAGAUGAUCAUUUCUUAGUGUUGCUAACAUUUUUGAAAAUUCAAUUACAUUACGGUUUUUAAUACACAGUCUUAAAAAAACAACUAAAGCAUAGUGCAUCGAAAUUCUUUGCAGGGACUAUCUUCACAGCACAGGUGUAUGGGUGAAACUAGCGAUGUACUAAUAGUCGACUGGUAAUGAUUUCCCAUACUAACUAACCCUUAAAAUAUGUUUUCAAGACCCUUAAAAUAUGUUCGCUUUAUUAGAGUUUACAAAGAAAGACUGAAAAGAGCCGCUCACCCGGGAAAUAUUUAGUGACACUGACUAGCGUACCUGGGACUGGCUUCAAAUCUUGGUAAAGGCAUGGAUACUCAUAAAUGUAUGGUAGCAUUUCGGCUGCCCUGCUCCGAGUAAACUUAAUCUCACUACAGGUCGACUCUACCUUUGGGGACGUCGUGGAGGUUCAACCUCCACUAUUGCCCUCCAGUAGAGCCGCGCACCACCUGGAUAUGACACCAGGCAGCACCGGUCGUCUAAUGCUCCUGCCAGUCGCUCGGGCGAGCCCGUCGCAGCGGGACAUUACCCAGCGACCCCGGGGGAUAACCCCCGGGUUACUAGCACCACGCCGCGCUAGGACAUGCCAGACUCCGAGACCGGCCAAUGAGUGACCUUUCCCAGAGCCUUCAGAACCACCAAGUUCAUAAAUUUUAUACCCCCGUGGCCGAGACUGCCUAGGUACAGAUCCUAGCCAG